UUGAGUGUUCGCCAUUAGAGUUGGGCUUUUGAGAGAAGCAAGAAAAGAACCCCCCUCUAAAAACAACCAAAGCAUCAAUUACUUCCGUUCAAAAAUUUCUAACAAACUCACUUCCUGUUMAAAAAUUUGAUCUAAAAGUGGAUGCGAUUCCCAUGGAUUUAGGAGCCGAUCUUGGUGCUUCUUGUACUUCRUCUGCUGUUCUGGCCCAUGUGCUUCAUUCAAAUGCCAUCGUUUCUUCUGCAGUUAAAGAUUCGUCUUGUUAUACUAGCGGCUUAGCUGUCCUUACACCCACUCUAGAUGGCCAUGGGACGGUCACUUCCCUGUCUGGUUUUAGCUUGAAUAGCUUCGAUCAGGUUGACGUGAGUGGGAACAUUGUGAAGCAUGAAUCUGAGGAUCAUAAUUGUGAUCUGUCGGUAGCUAGUGUUGGAGAAGACGGAAGGCUUCGUUUCACUACCACUAGUCAUGUUACAGUGGCAGACUUCCACCAUACAUCACAAGAAAGACAAAACCUUCAUUCUACUGAGGCAGACUUCGUUUCUGACUUAUCUCAAGUUGAGAUUCUUAGUGGAGCUGACAGUGAAGACAGAUAUGUAGGAGAGACGGUCUGCCAUGAAGAUGAACAUCACCAUGUUGAGACAUCUUUGCACCAUGAAAAGGAUCUAGUCAUGGAGAAGACACAUAAAAAGAAGGGUGGAUGGCCAAAGGGCAAAAAGAGACGAAAGACAAUCAGAGAUGUAAAUGCUCCCAAAGCUCCAUUAACAGCGUAUGUACAGUUCCUGAAUGAAAACAGAGAAAAAAUCAGGGCUGAACAUCCUGACUUAGCAUUCCCCGAAAUAACAAAAAUGCUUGGAGCACAAUGGAGUAAAAUGUCACAGGAGGAGAAACAGAAAUAUUUGGAUGAAGCAGAAAGGGAGAAAGAUAGAUAUGUGGCAGAGCUGGAAAGCUAUCAGCAGACUGAUGCUUACAAAGCAUUUCUUAAGAAGCAGGAAGAAAGAAAAAGAAAAUGUUCAGAAGUUUCUGAUGGUGGUUAUUCAAAUGGAAUUGAGCUAUGUGAAGAAGACGAUUUGUAUUGCAAGCCAUGUAAUCAGUAUUUCAAUAACCUGCACAACAAAAAAGAACAUAUAUAUGGACGAAAACACAUGCAAACUGUCAACRGUAAAGCCAACGAUGGAGAAGAAGAGGAAGAUCUUCCUGGAUUUAAUAUUCCGAUAUUCACGGAGGAAUUUCUAAAUCAUAACAAAGUGAAAGAAAAUGAAUUACGACAGCUUCGUAAAACAGCCACCGAAUACGAAGAUCAAAACUCCAUUCUCUCCAAACACAUUAAUAACAUGAAACAAACUAUCGAAAAAAUCCAACUAGAAUCCAACACCCAGCGAAGAACCAAUGAGCUUCUACAACAACAUCUAGACACCUUACGCACUCUCUUAACGCAUGGCUUUCAGGAAUUACAGUUGCCCAGAACAGAUGAGUUGCCUUGCAUUGAUUCUAUUGAUAACUAUAUGACUAAGUUAUAUUCAAUUAUUUUAGACUCGCCACAAGAAAACGAGGGCCUUAUCGGUAGUGUACGAGACAUUGUGUCUAGAAUAAGCUUCCAAAAGUGACUGGGUUUCCAUUUCAGUGCAACAUUUCUAUUACUACCAGAACAGGUCUAUACUGGGUUCAUUAAACAAGAUGUAUUCUGGUCUAGCUUGGGCAAUAAAAGCAUCAUAUAAGGCGUGAUUAACCAAAGAUCUUUGUACCCAAGCUGGACCAGAAUGCAUCACGGUGCGCAGAAAGGUUUCACGGCAGCCAAGCUGUAGUACAAAACAACAUUUUUGUUGCUUUGGAAAAACGAAAUGUUUUGUGCAAAAGCGUUGCAUUGUUCACGUCCUGUAGCAUCCCUUCUAUACUGCGUGACUGUCACGAACCCCAUCUAUACUGCGUUACUGUUUUUGUAAAUCAGGUUAAUCCUUAUUACUCUAAAGCGAUACCGAUAAUAUCGACUAAGAGAUCACUUGACCAUUUCCCCUCGUGGUUGGUUCAUGUAGUGAGAGACGAUCGUAUUGGUCCCCCCACCUCUCCCCAUUCCUUACUCAGUAUUUAUACUUCCCGUAGGAAUCUUUAUCAAAAUGUAAGAAGAGUAUUGAAUGUGCAUCCAAACUUUCUCAAACAAAACAGAAAUAAAAUUGGCCAAUAAACUUAUCAAAUGCAAAACGAUAUGAAAAUAAAACACCAAUUAUUAAUCAUUUCAAACAUCGGAGUAUACUUUGUAUUCUUCGUUUGCAAUAGACGUCAUAGCCGCCAUGCUGGAAGAAUUUGACAAAAGAUUUUUAAAUGAAUUCUUUAGUUACAUCUUCCCACAUGGCGGACAUCCCUUUUGUUAUUGUGCUCUCUUGGGAUUGAUUGCAAACCAAGAAUACGUUGCUCUUGGUGCGCUAGAAUAUGUCUGCCGAGUUUUCUCCAAAUCUAGAGAUAUACACAGGGCUGUCAACUCUCCCGGAUAAACCGGGAGUCUCCAGAUUUUGGACUGUAUCUCACGGUCUCCAGAUUAGAGUAUCAAAUCUCCCGGAUAAUCCCCGAAGCUGACCAUUUCUUGUGAGACUAGACUUUCACAACCAUAAAAUUCCAAUUAUUUCAUGUUGUUUGUCUUAUUUAACAUCGCUAUUAAACAAAAUCAAAACGUUCCUCAUAAACUGUUCUUGCAAGCAGGCCAUUGUAAUAUAAGCGAUAAUAUGAUUGGUCAGAAAUAAGCCAAUCACAUCAAAUGUUACAAAGCGAAAGAUGUCUUUUCGCGAGCUUUUUGUCCUGCUGUGACGUCAUGUCCCUUCCCUAUCAAUUCUCCAGAUUUGAAUAUCUCGGGGGUUGACAGCCCUGUAUACAAGUCCAAAUUAAUGAGUUUUCAUUCCAUUUCUGUCAUUUUAUCUCGUUCUUGUACUUUCAUAAAUUCACUUGGACUUGAUAUUUUCACACAUUUAAUUAAUUCUAUAUUUUUUCAAGUAGACAUUUCCGAUUUAGCGGCAUAUGAGCGGAAUAGGCAUAUACUAGCGGAAUAAGCAUAAACCAGCGGAAUAAGGCUAGAAUCAUCGUUAUGACCAGAAAAUUCAAUAAAAUAAUGAAACAGCU